AUGUCUGUGCCGUCAGUCGCGGCGAGCGAGUCUGAUUCAGGAGUCCCUACAUCUCACUCUUCGAACUCCUCGCAUCCACCUGGUGGACAAGCGAGCCCCUCAGCUGCAUUGGUCGAUGUCCCUUUUCAAGUCCCGGAGCCAAGCAAGGCAGCCCAAGUCGAGAUCACAUCCUCUUGGGAACAUUUACUGGCAGAGGAUAAUCACCACCACCUCUCCAGCAUUGCACCUGGUGCGAGCCUACUGCCGGUCAAUGAGUACGACCUGUCUCCACUGGCCCAAACGGCGACACUGUCGUCUAGUGGAGCCCCAUUCGAGUGGUAUGACUUGCUAGCACGAGACGCCAUCAGUAACAUCCAGAAACACAACCUUUCCAGCAGCGGGCGUGCCUGGAAUUUCGAUGAGAGUAGCCUCUCAAGAAGACACACUCCUGUGCCCGAAAAUAACAGAAGGCCACAAACGCACCUGAGCAGCGAGAGUCCCGUUGGCCAGCAUGGUGCCAUACAUGAGCCUUCUCCAUCAGAGCCCUGGAAUACCGCCACCAGGAUAAACAUCAACGGGAAUGAACUUGUUCUUUUCCAACACUAUGCCAGAAUUGUCGGUCCCAUCCUAGACCUGUUCGACCCAGACAGGCAUUUCUCAAACUUCGUUCCUCAUCUUGCAGUCCACAAUGUUGGGCUUCUCAAAUCCUUGCUCGCAGUCGCUGCGCGUCACAUGUCUUUGCACGGCGGCACACCUCAGCUUCAACAAUUUGACGCCAACAGCCAAGCACACAUUCAAACACCUGCGUCCACCCUCAGCAGUCACACAACAGAGUCGGAGAUGUCCCAGAUGGCCACGCAAUAUUACUAUGAAACUCUACAAUACCUCUCCCAGACCCUCUUAUACCCUUCAUAUACCCGCUCUCUCGAAAUUCUCGCCACCGCUAUCAUGAUCAGCACGUAUGAGAUGUUCGACUCUAAUGGGUCCUCCAACAACGGCGACUGGGAGCGACACUUGCAAGGCGCCUUCUGGAUCCAACGAUCCCAGGACAAUAAUGGAGAGUCAGCACACGGCUUGAGAAAAGCAGUGUGGUGGGCAUGGGUGCGUCAGGACAUCUGGGCCGCGUUUCGCGAGGGUCGACAUACGUUAACAUUCUGGCGACCCAAGAAGAAACUCGCUGAUCUGAAUGGAGACGAACUUGCAACAAGAAUAAUCUAUAUCGCGGCGAAGUGCGUAGCCUUUGCGGCGAGUGGAAAAGAGGAUGAUAUUGUGGCACACAUUGAACAAGGCAGCGAAAUCCUCCAAGCGCUCGAGGAUUGGUACCGCAUACUUCCCUCGUCGUAUCAACCUAUCUCCACCUCUGCCUCGGAUUUUGACCCCAAUAAUCCCGUAUACGAUAUCUUCACCCCUAUAUGGAUUCACCCUCCAUCUUAUGCCGCAGCGAUACAGACCUACCAUUUCGCCCGCAUUGUCGUGCUCCUUCACCAGCCCUCUACAGGCGGACUCGUCGCGUAUCGGAACAGACAGAAGAUGCUUGGGGAGAGCGUGGACACAGUAUGUGGGAUUGCAAUGGCGGAGCAGGCCAAUGAGCUGCCGAGUGCUUUUGUAAACAUUCAGGCACUUUUUGCGGGUAAGAGAGCCCUUGUUAUCAUCGAACGUUUUCUUCUCUGGGAACCAUUACUGACCAAAGAGAUAGCGGGGCUUUGUAUUCAAACACCUGAGAAACAGAAUGCUUUACGGAUGAUCUUGGAGAAGAUGCUGGACGUUAGUAAAUUUCCGCCUAAGAUGCUGUUAAAAGAUUUAAUCAGUCUCUGGAAGGGUGGUGUAUAA